AUGAUUGUAGAUGUGGUAAAAAAUUGGCACCCGCAAGACCCGCCAUCCGAUGAGAUGUUGAAAUGGAUUGAGGCCACAGCCAGACCCCUGUUCGUUAUGACUUCAUUUUUCAUAUGCUACCUUAUCCCCAUACAAGGAGCAUUUGUGGCAUUUGUGGGCAAUUUGUGCACCACCAUGCUUGCUUUCGUAUUUCCAGCUGUGAUGGAACUCUGUAUUUUGUACCCCAACGAUUAUGGAUACUAUAAAGUAUAUCUGAUCAAAGAUCUUCUUAUAGUGAUGUUUGGAAUGACUUCGUUUUUAGUAGGAGUACCUUUGUGCGCUUAUCUUAUUUAUGUACGUGUACUUUCUUUGAAAGCUGUCAAUAAUGUUGAAUUUUAUUGA